UCAGCUAGACCUGACGAAAGCUCGAAUUCUUUGCAACUUUCUUCCGAGCAGACUAUAAGAAAUGGAGACACGAGGUGGUCGAAGAGUCCUUCGGACUUGCCUGGCUCUAUCGCUUCUUCCAGCGACAUGGCUCUUCGUGUCGCCGCCACACUUCUUCGGCCCUGGCGAGCGCCGCGCGCUGCACCGCGCGCUGCACAGGGCCACCAAGCCAGCUGGGCCACUUUUGCCCUCUGAGCCCAUGGGCGUUCCAUGGAACAAGGCUGGUGGGUCUGUGACUGUGGAGCUCUUCUUAGAUUUGUGCUGUCCAUUCUCGAAGAGGAUGUUAAUGACGGUGGCAGGUGGAGUGGCCAAAGCCUUUGAGGGGAAGGUGAACUUCAUUUUCCACUCGGUGGUCCAGCCCUGGCAUGCCCAGAGCUCUUAUAUGCACGAGGCGUCCUUGGCUGUUUUGAAAUUGCAUGGCCGGGAUGCCUUUUGGAAAUAUACAGUUGCUCUCAUGGAGCAGCAGGAGGAUUUUUUCGACGACAAGGUCUUCGAAAAGAGUCGCCAGCAGAUAUACAAGGAACUGGCGAUUGUGGCGCACGAGCAGGGCUUUGAUGAUAAGAAGAUCAUGGCCAGGCUUCACCUCACCGGCCUCGGAAACGCGGGCAACGCUGUGACGCAGCACCUGAAAUGGGCCACGCGUUUUCACCGGCUGCGCGGGGUUCAUGUCACCCCCACCGUCUUCGUGAAUGGUUUGGAGGCGGGCAUUGUGAGCAGCGACUGGAAGCCGGAUGAAUGGGAGGCCUUUUUAGAUUGGCACGUGAACAAGACCAGCACCUGAGGGUUUGUCGACCGGCGCCGUCGACCGGCGACGACUGUAGCACGUGAGCAAAGAGCUAAAGGUCGGCACUCACGUUUCUUCAAAAAUGAGCAAGUUGCAUUUUCCUUGAAAAAA